CCCUUCCCUACAGCCCCACAGGGUUUAAGCAAAAACAGUUGCUCCUUCCAGAGCUUCAACAACUCUGCUACUUUCCCGCCCCCCCCUAAUUUUAUCCUAGGAGUGCAUCACCCUGGUGGGCAGCGACAAGUGAGAGGGUCGUUUGCCUGCCCAGUCAUCUUGGCUACUGGAACCAUCUGUCUUGGUCAGCGCUGCUGGGAAGGGAGAAUUGCCAUGCGGAAAUAGAAACGUAGGAGUUACGCAAUGGCUACCGCGACUUCAAUGGAGGUGCAGCUACCGAAGAAUGAGACGUUGCGCUGCUGGGAGCGGGAUCAGGCCCAGCUGAAGGCAGAUGUGAUUGAGCAAGAUACAGAGGAAUGGCAAAGGAAUCCCUCCUUUGCUGGGUUGGAAAGAGUUGGAGGAGUGGACCUGUCUUACGUCAAAGGAGAUGACACAAGUGCCUGUGCUUCACUAGUAGUACUGAGCUACCCAGACCUUGAGGUGCUAUAUGAAGAUUGCCACAUGGUGGCAGUUCAUGCUCCCUAUGUGGCAGGCUUCCUGGCUUUCCGAGAAGCCCCUUUCCUUGUGGAGGCUGUGAAACGGCUGGAAGAACACCAACCUAGCCUCAGGCCUCAGGUCCUCUUUGCAGAUGGAAACGGCAUCCUGCAUCAUAGAGGGUUUGGCAUUGCGUGCCAUCUUGGUGUGCUCACAGGUCUGCCUUGUAUUGGUGUGGCUAAAAAUCUCCUGCAAGUUGAUGGACUAGCCAAUGAUGAGCUACAUAAGGAACAAAUCCAGGACCUGCAGGCAGGAGGAGACACAUUCUCACUAACAAGUACUUCAGGAAGAACCCUGGGUAUGGCGCUACGCAGCUACGCCAAGAGCACAAAACCUGUGUACAUCUCUGUGGGUCACAAGAUGAGUCUUCGGUCAGCUGUGCGCCUUGUCCAUUCCUGCUGCAAGUACAGGGUUCCUGAGCCCAUCCGUCAGGCAGACAUAAGAUCCAGAGAAUACAUCCGGAAGCAUGUGGAGGCUACUUCAGCUGCGUUAUCUCAGCCAGUGAGGAUGAGUGAAGAUGCAGACUCUGAACAGUGAUGUGACAUCAGUGACAGUCUACAAGAUUUUUUUAGUCUAGAGGAGUUACAGCCCACCCUGGACAGCUUUUUACUGCCACUGUUACCCACGGGGAAAACGCAAGUAGGCCUGAGGGGGUAUUUGGGAGCUGCCACGCUAGGGACCCAAGAGCUACACUUGGGCAAGCUUCAUUCAUUUCUUUGCUGACCAGGAGGCUGUUUCAUACUCCCUGUGGCAGAAAAUCUGUAUCAGCAACCAGGUGCAGACCAGGCUGGGAGAUACAACUAGUCCCAGCUCCCUGGAAGUGUGUAGGAUGCGCGUUUGGUAUGAUCAUCGAUUGCAUGUUUGUAUUAACAUAUGAAGUGCCUUUUAAAUAUGUAAUGUGGUCGCCUUAAUGAAAUCAAUGGAAGCAGAGAGCAGUAGGGAUGGGGAGAGCAUGGUAAGGCAGCUGAACCCCAGCUUCUGAUACUUUGCUAACAGCACAAGAACAGCACGGCAGAAGGAAUCUGUGGCUUCUGGAUGAGAGAGCUGGAUAUUUUAGGAUAUAAGUGAAACACUGGAAAUAAACCUUUCCUGUUAAUCCUUA